AUGAAAAAGCAGGGACUAAGGCACUGUUUCAAAUCUAGAAUCUACAAUCAAAAUAUAUGCAAUGGUGUAGAUAUUGCAAUUUCCCCAAAGACUAUGAUCUCAAACUUGAAAAUAAUCUCAUUUUAAUACAGCGAUAUCAUGAGACAUUGGAGCAGCACAUAUCACUUAAAGAACAUGCGAAGAUUUAUGUUUCAUUAAAAUGGCUUUAAGUUAAAGCUAAAUUUGACAGAUCAGCUUACAACAAGAAUUGAUACAGAAAUCAAUUCCAAAGGAUCUCAUAGAUUCAAACAAUUAGGCUAUUAUCCAAUAACUACAGGCUAUUAAAGAUAAAAAUGGAUCUACUGCUUAAACUACAAAUAACCAGAAUAAUCAAGGGGCAGUCCUUUCUACUUCCUCAUCAAAUAAAUCUAAUAAUUAUGA